AAUAAUGCUGUAAAAAUAUAACAAAAUUAUUAAUAACAAUUAACAUUUUUAUAUACUUUUUGCAAGAAGAAUUUCCAGUAUUCUAAUCUUAUAAACUCAAAUGGCGAAGAAACUGAAGGUUAGUGAGCUUAAGAAACUUUACGAAGAGCGUUGGAAGUACCCGCCGAUGCAGAAGCCGCCCAAGAUUCGGUUCAUUGCUUGCGGCAAAAAUAUCAAUUAUGGAAUUGAGAAGACUUAUGAGCCUUGCUGGAAGUCCCCCAUGCCCAUGACAGCCGAAGCCCAGUUUGGUCCGUGUUGGGAUUACCCUCCAGAACGCUACAAACGUCGCCCACUGCCGCCCCCAUGUCGUGGUGCCACCAUUCCACCCGAUCUCUUGGUGCCCGAAUUCGAGCAUUGUAAAACGGUUUACACGCGAUUCGACUUUCGCCUUGAGGAGUGUGUGCAUCAGCAGAUACUGUUCCUUGAGCAUCUGUUCAGGAAACUGGAAGUGCAAUUCACAGACGCCAGGACAUUUCAAAUUAAGAUGGCUAAACAGAUGCGAUAUCAGUCCAUACGUCGACGCCUGUUAAUAGGUUCUGCAUGUGGCAUAAAAAUCUAUCCAGAGUAUCUCAGCCAGAUGGCAGAAAAGCGAGCACUCUGCGAUUUUCAAAAGGCGCACAAUGCCAUCAAGCAGUCAAAUGCUGAUCUGGUAGCUGCUGUUAAGGAAGUUAGGAACGCUAUGCCAGAGCUGCGAAAGCGAUUAGACAAACUGGAUCAGUCGGUGAAUAGUCCAUAUAUAUCAAGUCUGGAAAGGAUACUGCAAACCAUUCAAGAUGUUUACGAUUACUUUUUUGAGGUGACGCGUAAGUACAAGACCUGGGAACAGCUCAUCGAUGCCGCCCAGGAGCAUUCAGUCGACGAUUAUUUGGCCCUUCUACGCACUGAACAGAACUUCGAGAGUUUCAAACAUGCCGGUACUGCACAUUGCACCUGCAAGCGUUGCCAAAACAGGAAUCCAUUAGAUCCAUAUUUGCCCUACUGGUGCCAGGGAUGUGAUCGUCACAAAAAAGACGUCAAACUGGUGCAGACCGAAGUUCUUUGCCACAAGAGUAUUAAAGCUAAGCUUGAUUCUAGCGACAGUAGCUAUCUGGAGAAGCAAAGUGAUACCUCACUGCUUCAGGCCGAAUUGGAAAAGUUAAAUGAUGAUUUAAAUUAAUUUAAUCAGUCGAAUUUAUGAAUUG